AUGUGUGGCUGCAACCACACGAACGGCCAGUAUUAUGAGCCUGGAGAGGAGUUUUUUGAGGAAGACUGCAAGCGAAAAUGUUGGUGUGGUGCAGCUGGAAUUACCUGUGAAGCCUCUGAAUGCCCCCCAAUGCAUGAAUGUAAACUUCAGGAUGGAGAGCUGGGCUGCUAUCCUACGAGCUUCCAGGAUUGUGUAAUUUCUGGGGAUCCACACUACAACACCUUUGACAAGAAGUACUAUAGCUUCAUGGGAACCUGUACUUACACAUUGGCCAGAACCUGUAGGAACAGCACAGGCCCUUGGUUCUCUGUGGAGGCAAAGAAUGAAGAGAGAGGAGUUGCAGGAGUGUCAUACCUGAAGAAGCUAUAUGUGACAGUGGAUGGAAUUACUGUGACCCUUUUGAAGAGCAGUACGACACUGGUGAACGGAGUACGGGUGGCUCUGCCCCACUACCCCUCUCCUCUCAUGUCUGUUAGUCUUGCUGGUCAGUUCAUCACGCUUCAAACAUCCUUUGGCCUGAGGGUGCGUUGGGAUGGAAACCAUUAUGCCCAGAUCUCAGUUCCCAGCUCCUACUAUGACCAAAUGUGUGGCCUUUGUGGUGAUUAUGAUGGAAACCCAGACAAUGACUUCACUAAACCAGAUGGCACUGUGGCAGGAAAUAGUAAUGACUUUGGGAACAGCUGGCAGACUGACGACGAUGAAGAUGACUCAUGUACCCCAGGAACAAAGCCUGAUCCAGACUGUGACCCCAACUUGGAAGCUGAAGUUGUAAAACCAGAGAAAUGUGGUAAAAUUACAGACCCUACUGGCCCCUUCCGGGAGUGCAUCAGUGUAGUUAAUCCCACUCCAUUCUUCCAAAGCUGUGUGUAUGACAUGUGUCAGUUCAACGGCCAGCAGCACGUGCUGUGUGACCAGCUCCAGGCCUACACUGACGCAUGUCAUAGUGCUGGAGCCAAAGUCUACCAAUGGAGAACUCCAGACUUCUGCCCUCUGACCUGUCCUCCCAACAGCUCCUACUCCCUUUGUGUGAGUUCAUGUCCUGAGACAUGUCUUGGUGUGGUGGGACCACCUGGCUGUGAGGAAGUGUGUGUGGAGGGUUGUGAGUGUAACCCUGGCUUCAUUCUCAGUGAUGACAAAUGUGUGGAACUGAGAGACUGUGGUUGUGUGGACCCCAGUGGAACCUAUCACCCUGUGGGCGAUGACUGGUACUUGGAGGGUUGUGAACAAAAGUGUAUGUGUCACAGUGGAGGUCUGCUACAGUGUCAUAACACCAGCUGUAACCCAACUACUGAGAGCUGCCAACUACAAGAUGGAGAAUAUGAAUGCCACCCUCUGGACCUGUGUCCUCCUAACGCAGAGUAUAUAGAGUGCGGUCCAGCUUGCAUUCCUACAUGUAUGGAACCCUCUACCAACUGUUCUGGCUCCUGCAUCACUGGGUGUUUCUGCAAACCAGGCUUUGUCUUCAAAGGACGGCACUGCGUGCCACUGGACAAGUGUGGUUGUUUAGAUGACAACAAUAACUAUUAUGAGCCUGGUGAGAUAGUAUUUGGAGACGGCUGCACAAAGCUGUGUCGCUGUGCAGGGAACUACACUUUGGAAUGUGUUGAUAACUCCUGUGACCCCACUGAAGAGUGUCGAGAGGUUAAUGGUGUUGCAGGCUGUUAUCCUAAAGGUACAUCCACGUGCAUAGCAUCUGGCGAUCCACACUACACCAGCUUUGACAAACGCAAAUAUGACUUCAUGGGCAACUGCAGCUAUCUGAUGUCUAGUCCAUGCAAUGACACAACUGUGCCCUACUUUGAGGUCCAUACUGACAAUGAAAACUGGUAUAACAGGCCGACCAUCUCCUAUGUGAAUGCCGUACAUGUAUACGCACAGAUGAUAAAGAUCUCCAUUCUCAAAGGUGGCACUGUGCAGGUUAAUGGGACCAAUGUCAAUCUACCACUGUCCCCGGCCCCUGGUAUUUCUGUGUUCAAGUCAGGAAAACACUACACUGUCUCUAUGAACUUUGGUGUGACGGUUCGAUAUGAUGGAAACACCUUCAUGGACAUAAAAGUGAUCGAAGACUAUCAGAACAAGCUUUGUGGCCUGUGUGGCAACUAUGAUGGAGAUACUAAAGAUGACUUCCGCAAACCAGAUGGAAGCUUAGCUGAAAAUGCCAAUGACUUUGGACACAGUUGGAACAUGAAUCCAGAAUGUAAUAAGAAACCCAACACUACCAUCCCUGGGUGCAAUGAAGAAGAACAGGAACUGUAUGAAAGCUCUGGAUAUUGUGGCAUUCUGCUGGACAAAAAUGGACCUUUUGCUGUGUGCCAUCCCAAAGUCAACCCCAAUAAUUACUUCAGGGACUGUGUCUUUGACUUGUGUGAGCUGGAUGGAGCCAAGCCCAUUUUGUGUGAAGCCAUUGAAGCCUAUGUCAAUGAAUGCCAAGAUCGUGGGGUCAACCUUGGACCAUGGAGGAAUGAAACCUUCUGCCCACUGAGCUGCCCCCCAAACAGCCACUACGAACCCUGUGCAGAUCCUUGUCAGGAAACAUGCUUUGGAAAACCCCCCUCUUGCUCUGGUCCCUGCUCUGAGUCCUGUGUGUGUGAUCCCAGCUACGUCCUGAGUGCUGGCAAGUGCGUUAAGGAGAACAUGUGUGGCUGCAACCACACGAACGGCCAGUAUUAUGAGCCUGGAGAGGAGUUUUUUGAGGAAGACUGCAAGCGAAAAUGUUGGUGUGGUGCAGCUGGAAUUACCUGUGAAGCCUCUGAAUGCCCCCCAAUGCAUGAAUGUAAACUUCAGGAUGGAGAGCUGGGCUGCUAUCCUACGAGCUUCCAGGAUUGUGUAGUUUCUGGGGAUCCACACUACAAUACCUUUGACAAGAAGUACUACAGCUUCAUGGGAACCUGUACUUACACACUGGCCAGAACCUGUAGGAACAGCACAGGCCCUUGGUUCUCUGUGGAGGCAAAGAAUGAAGAGAGAGGAGUUGCAGGAGUGUCAUACCUGAGGAAGCUGUAUGUGACAGUGGAUGGAAUUACUGUGACCCUGAUGAAGAGCAGUAGAACACUGGUGAACGGAGUACGGGUGGCUCUGCCCCACUCCCCCUCUCCUCUCAUGUCUAUUAGUCUUGCUGGUCAGUUCAUCACGGUUCAAACAUCCUUUGGCCUGAGGGUGCGUUGGGAUGGAAACCAUUAUGCCCAGAUCUCAGUUCCCAGCUCCUACUAUAACCAAAUGUGUGGCCUUUGUGGUGACUAUGAUGGGAAUCCAAACAAUGACUUCACUAAACCAGAUGGCACUGUGGCAGGGAAUACUAAUGACUUUGGGAACAGCUGGCAGACCGAAGAUGAUGAAGAUGACUCAUGUACCCCAGGAACAAAGCCUGAUCCAGACUGUGACCCCAACUUGGAAGCUGAAGUUGUAAAACCAGAGAAAUGUGGUAAAAUUACAGACCCUACUGGACCCUUCCGGGAGUGCAUCAGUGUAGUUAAUCCCACUCCAUUCUUCCAAAGCUGUGUGUAUGACAUGUGUCAGUUCAACGGCCAGCAGCACGUGCUGUGUGACCAGCUCCAGGCCUACACUGAUGCAUGUCAUAGUGCUGGAGCCAAAGUCUACCAAUGGAGAACUCCAGACUUCUGCCCUCUGACCUGUCCUCCCAACAGCUCCUACUCCCUUUGUGUGAGUUCAUGUCCUGAGACAUGUCUUGGUGUGGUGGGACCACCUGGCUGUGAGGAAGUGUGUGUGGAGGGUUGUGAGUGUAACCCUGGCUUCAUUCUCAGUGAUGACAAAUGUGUGGAACUGAGAGACUGUGGUUGUGUGGACCCCAGUGGAACCUAUCACCCUGUGGGCGAUGACUGGUACUUGGAGGGUUGUGAACAAAAGUGUAUGUGUCACAGUGGAGGUCUGCUACAGUGUCAUAACACCAGCUGUAACCCAACUACUGAAAGCUGCAAACUACAAGAUGGAGAAUAUGAAUGCCACCCUCUGGACCUGUGUCCUCCUAACGCAGAGUAUAUAGAGUGCGGUCCAGCUUGCAUUCCUACAUGUAUGGAACCCUCUACCAACUGUUCUGGCUCCUGCAUCACUGGGUGUUUCUGCAAACCAGGCUUUGUCUUCAAAGGACGGCACUGCGUGCCACUGGACAAGUGUGGUUGUUUAGAUGACAACAAUAACUAUUAUGAGCCUGGUGAGAUAGUAUUUGGAGACGGCUGCACAAAGCUGUGUCGCUGUGCAGGGAACUACACUUUGGAAUGUGUUGAUAACUCCUGUGACCCCACUGAAGAGUGUCGAGAGGUUAAUGGUGUUGCAGGCUGUUAUCCUAAAGGUACAUCCACGUGCAUAGCAUCUGGCGAUCCACACUACACCAGCUUUGACAAACGCAAAUAUGACUUCAUGGGCAACUGCAGCUAUCUGAUGUCUAGUCCAUGCAAUGACACAACUGUGCCCUACUUUGAGGUCCAUACUGACAAUGAAAACCGGUAUAACAGGCCAACCAUCUCCUAUGUGAAUGCCGUACAUGUAUACGCACGGAUGAUAAAGAUCUCCAUUCUCAAAGGUGGCACUGUGCAGGUUAAUGGGACCAAUGUCAAUCUGCCACUGUCCCCGGCCCCCGGUAUUUCUGUGUUCAAGUCAGGAAAACACUACACUGUCUCCAUGAACUUUGGUGUGACGGUUCGAUAUGAUGGAAACACCUUUAUGGACAUAAAAGUGAUCGAAGACUAUCAGAACAAGCUUUGUGGCCUGUGUGGCAACUAUGAUGGAGAUACUAAAGAUGACUUCCGCAAACCAGAUGGAAGCUUAGCUGAAAAUGCCAAUGACUUUGGACACAGUUGGAACAUGAAUCCAGAAUGUAAUAAGAAACCCAACACUACCAUCCCUGGGUGCAAUGAAGAAGAACAGGAACUGUAUGAAAGCUCUGGAUAUUGUGGCAUUCUGCUGGACAAAAAUGGACCUUUUGCUGUGUGCCAUCCCAAAGUCAACCCCAAUAAUUACUUCAGGGACUGUGUCUUUGACUUGUGUGAGCUGGAUGGUGCCAAGCCCAUUUUGUGUGAAGCCAUUGAAGCCUAUGUCAAUGAAUGCCAAGAUCGUGGGGUCAGCCUUGGACCUUGGAGGAAUGAAACCUUCUGCCCACUGAGCUGCCCCCCAAACAGCCACUACGAACCCUGUGCAGAUCCUUGUCAGGAAACAUGCUUUGGAAAACCCCCCUCCUGCUCUGGUCCCUGCUCUGAGUCCUGUGUGUGUGAUCCCAGCUAUGUCCUGAGUGCUGGCAAGUGCGUUAAGGAGAACAUGUGUGGCUGCAACCACACGAACGGCCAGUAUUAUGAGCCUGGAGAGGAGUUUUUUGAGGAAGACUGCAAGCGAAAAUGUUGGUGUGGUGCAGCUGGAAUUACCUGUGAAGCCUCUGAAUGCCCCCCAAUGCAUGAAUGUAAACUUCAGGAUGGAGAGCUGGGCUGCUAUCCUACGAGCUUCCAGGAUUGUGUAGUUUCUGGGGAUCCACACUACAACACCUUUGACAAGAAGUACUACAGCUUCAUGGGAACCUGUACUUACACACUGGCCAGAACCUGUAGGAACAGCACAGGCCCUUGGUUCUCUGUGGAGGCAAAGAAUGAAGAGAGAGGAGUUGCAGGAGUGUCAUACCUGAGGAAGCUGUAUGUGACAGUGGAUGGAAUUACUGUGACCCUGAUGAAGAGCAGUAGAACACUGGUGAACGGAGUACGGGUGGCUCUGCCCCACUCCCCCUCUCCUCUCAUGUCUAUUAGUCUUGCUGGUCAGUUUAUCACGGUUCAAACAUCCUUUGGCCUGAAGGUGCGUUGGGAUGGAAACCAUUAUGCCCAGAUCUCAGUUCCCAGCUCCUACUAUGACCAAAUGUGUGGCCUUUGUGGUGACUAUGAUGGGAACCCAGACAAUGACUUCACUAAACCAGAUGGCACUGUGGCAGGAAAUAGUAAUGACUUUGGGAACAGCUGGCAGACCGAAGACGAUGAAGAUGACUCAUGUACCCCAGGAACAAAGCCUGAUCCAGACUGUGACCCCAACUUGGAAGCUGAAGUUGUAAAACCAGAGAAAUGUGGUAAAAUUACAGACCCUACUGGACCCUUCCGGGAGUGCAUCAGUGUAGUUAAUCCCACUCCAUUCUUCCAAAGCUGUGUGUAUGACAUGUGUCAGUUCAACGGCCAGCAGCACGUGCUGUGUGACCAGCUCCAGGCCUACACUGAUGCAUGUCAUAGUGCUGGAGCCAAAGUCUACCAAUGGAGAACUCCAGACUUCUGCCCUCUGACCUGUCCUCCCAACAGCUCCUACUCCCUUUGUGUGAGUUCAUGUCCUGAGACAUGUCUUGGUGUGGUGGGACCACCUGGCUGUGAGGAAGUGUGUGUGGAGGGUUGUGAGUGUAACCCUGGCUUCAUUCUCAGUGAUGACAAAUGUGUGGAACUGAGAGACUGUGGUUGUGUGGACCCCAGUGGAACCUAUCACCCUGUGGGCGAUGACUGGUACUUGGAGGGUUGUGAACAAAAGUGUAUGUGCCACAGUGGAGGUCUGCUACAGUGUCAUAACACCAGCUGUAACCCAACUACUGAGAGCUGCCAACUACAAGAUGGAGAAUAUGAAUGCCACCCUCUGGACCUGUGUCCUCCUAACGCAGAGUAUAUAGAGUGCGGUCCAGCUUGCAUUCCUACAUGUAUGGAACCCUCUACCAACUGUUCUGGCUCCUGCAUCACUGGGUGUUUCUGCAAACCAGGCUUUGUCUUCAAAGGACGGCACUGCGUGCCACUGGACAAGUGUGGUUGUUUAGAUGACAACAAUAACUAUUAUGAGCCUGGUGAGAUAGUAUUUGGAGACGGCUGCACAAUGCAGUGUCGCUGUGCAGGGAACUACACUUUGGAAUGUGUUGAUAACUCCUGUGACCCCACUGAAGAGUGUCGAGAGGUUGAUGGUGUUGCAGGCUGUUAUCCUAAAGGUACAUCCACGUGCAUAGCAUCUGGCGAUCCACACUACACCAGCUUUGAUAAAUGCAAAUAUGACUCCAUGGGCAACUGCAGCUAUCUGAUGUCUAGUCCAUGCAAUGACACAACUGUGCCCUACUUUGAGGUCCAUACUGACAUACUGAUGAAGAAACAGGAUGUUUUGCAUGUCAAAACCAAUCACGCUUUCACGUUAUCAGCUUUCCAGGAUUGUGUAGUUUCUGGGGAUCCACACUACAACACCUUUGACAAGAAGUACUAUAGCUUCAUGGGAACCUGUACUUACACACUGGCCAGAACCUGUAGGAACAGCACAGGCCCUUGGUUCUCUGUGGAGGCAAAGAAUGAAGAGAGAGGAGUUGCAGGAGUGUCAUACCUGAGGAAGCUAUAUGUGACAGUGGAUGAAAUUACUGUGACCCUGAUGAAGAGCAGUAGAACACUGGUGAACGGAGUACGGGUGGCUCUUCCCCACUCCCCCUCUCCUCUCAUGUCUAUUAGUCUUGCUGGUCAGUUCAUCACGCUUCAAACAUCCUUUGGCCUGAGGGUGCGUUGGGAUGGAAACCAUUAUGCCCAGAUCUCAGUUCCCAGCUCCUACUAUGACCAAAUGUGUGGCCUUUGUGGUGACUAUGAUGGGAACCCAGACAAUGACUUCACUAAACCAGAUGGCACUGUGGCAGGAAAUACUAAUGACUUUGGGAACAGCUGGCAGACCAAAGACGAUGAAGAUGACUCAUGUACCCCAGGAACAAAGCCUGAUCCAGACUGUGACCCCAACUUGGAAGCUGAAGUUGUAAAACCAGAGAAAUGUGGUAAAAUUACAGACCCUACUGGACCCUUCCGGGAGUGCAUCAGUGUAGUUAAUCCCACUCCAUUCUUCCAAAGCUGUGUGUAUGACAUGUGUCAGUUCAACGGCCAGCAGCACGUGCUGUGUGACCAGCUCCAGGCCUACACUGAUGCAUGUCAUAGUGCUGGAGCCAAAGUCUACCAAUGGAGAACUCCAGACUUCUGCCCUCUGACCUGUCCUCCCAACAGCUCCUACUCCCUUUGUGUGAGUUCAUGUCCUGAGACAUGUCUUGGUGUGGUGGGACCACCUGGCUGUGAGGAAGUGUGUGUGGAGGGUUGUGAGUGUAACCCUGGCUUCAUUCUCAGUGAUGACAAAUGUGUGGAACUGAGAGACUGUGGUUGUGUGGACCCCAGUGGAACGUAUCACCCUGUGGGCGAUGACUGGUACUUGGAGGGUUGUGAACAAAAGUGUAUGUGUCACAGUGGAGGUCUGCUACAGUGUCAUAACACCAGCUGUAACCCAACUACUGAAAGCUGCAAACUACAAGAUGGAGAAUAUGAAUGCCACCCUCUGGGAAAUGGUAUCUGCUCAGUUUCUGGUGAUCCUCACUACAUAACCUUUGAUAAACGCACUCACCAUUACAUGGGUUCAUGCUCCUACACCUUGACCAAACCCUGCAAUGUCUCCUCUGGCUUGCCACAUUUCACGGUCCAUACCCAGAAUGAGCACAGAGGAAGUAAUAAGAAGGUUUCCUAUGUGAGGGCUGUGGUGAUCAAUGUGAAUGGUAUCACUGUCAUCUUUGGCAAGGGACACACGGUCCAGGUCAAUGGCACUGCGCUUGUUCCACCUGUUACCUCCAUCAGGGGAGUUAAGAUCUACUUGAGUGGAAAGUUUGUUGUCUUAGAAACAUCCUUUAAUCUGAGGGUGCGUUUUGAUGGAAACCAUCAUGCUGAUGUCACUUUGCCAACUUCCUACAACGGCCUACUCUGUGGGAUGUGUGGAAAUUUCAAUGGGGACCCUAACGAUGACAACUUGAAACCAGAUAACGCACCAGCUGCUAACACCAAUGAGCUAGGAGACAGCUGGCAGGUUGCUGACUCAGAUCCCGACUGUACUGAUGGUACAGAAGAAGAAGAUUGUGAUGUAAAGGUGGAGGAAGAGGCCACGAAGCCUACCAGCUGUGGCAUGAUCACUGAUCCCAACGGAAUCUUUAAGCCCUGUCACUCUGUUGUGUCCCCUGAGCCAUACUUUGAGAGUUGUGUAUUCGACAUGUGUGCCACUGGAGGUGAGACCGUGGCUCUGUGCCAGGCCAUAGAGACCUACGCCGACAUGUGUGCUGCUGCAGGAGUCCCCAUCGAAUGGAGGACGAACACCUUCUGUCCUCUGAAGUGCCCCCCAGGCAGUCAUUACACCUCAUGCGGCCCUGCAUGUCCUCAGCCGAGCUGUCAGAACCCUGCAGGACACGGCGGCUCUUGCGGUCUUCCCUGUGUGGAGGGCUGCAUCUGUGACACUGGCCUCAUCCUCAGCGGAGACAAAUGUGUCCCAAUCAGCCAGUGUGGAUGCACUGAUGGUGAUGGGAAAUACAGGCCGGUUGGAGACACUUGGUUCACAAAGGCUGACUGCUCAGAGCAAUGCAAGUGUGCUGGAAACAACAACAUCAGCUGUGAGUCUUGGCAGUGCAGCCCUGCACAGGAGUGCAAAGUGGUGGAAGGAGUACUAGGCUGUCAUUCGACAGGUAAAGGAGUGUGUCAUGUAGCUGGAGAUCCGCACUACUACACUUUUGAUGGUGUGAUGCAUACGUUCAUGGGAACUUGCACAUAUACUCUGGUGGAGGUGUGCAACGCCACCCAAGUCACUCCCUUCAACAUAGUGGCUAAGAAUGAGGAACGUGGUCAACCAGAGGCAUCAUAUGUUCGCUCUGUGAAAGUCACCCUGUACCCUGGCACUGUUAUUGAACUGCAAAAGAGCCGCAGAGUUCUGGUGAACGGACAGCGGGUGAAGGCCCCAGUUUCCGUUGACUUGGCUGGAGCUAAAGUGAUAACCAGUGGAGCCUAUAGUCUGCUGGACACAAACUUUGGUCUGCAGGUGAAAUUUGACGGAGUCCAUCACGUAGAGAUCACUGUUCCAGGAGAAUAUUUUGAUAAGGUGUGUGGCAUGUGUGGAAACUACAACCAGAACCCCUCUGAUGACAACCUAAUGCCCAACAAGAAACCAGCCAAGGAUGACAUUGAACUGGGAAACAGCUGGAAAUCAAAUGGAGACAGUGAUCCUGGUUGUCAGCCAGACACCCGUCCAGACAUCCACCCAAACUGUAGCGAAGCAGAAAGGACGCUGUAUGAGGCUCAGUGUGGUGGGGUCAUCCUCUCCAAUAACUUCAAGCCGUGCCACGCUCUAGUGCCCCCUGAGGCUUUCCUGGGUAACUGCGUCUAUGACAUGUGCGAGUAUGACGGCAUGCAGACUAGGCUCUGUGACAACGUGGAGGCAUAUGCUCAGGCCUGUCAGAGUGCCGGUGUCACCAUCAGCUGGAGAAACAGCAGCUUUUGCCCCCUGCCCUGUCAUCCUAACAGCCACUACUCAGACUGCACAGCCCCCUGCCCUCCCACGUGCUCUGACCUCUUCCCUGUCUUCUGCCAUCUUCCUCCAACUACUUGUCUCGAGGGCUGCCAGUGCAAUGCUGGUUACGUCCUCAGUGACAGCAAGUGUGUUACUCUGGACCAGUGUGGCUGUCUGGACUCGAACAGAGAGUACCAUGAUGUAGGAGAUUUGUGGCUAACAGAUAAAUGCACUGAGUCGUGUACCUGUAACCCUGGUGGUGAAGUCAGAUGUGAGGACCACAGCUGUAAUUCUAAUUCACUGUGUGACCUGGACAAGAAUGGAAACCGCUACUGCAGACCCACCGAGUUCAAUCAGUGCAGCAUCUCUGGGGAUCCUCACUACCUAACAUUCGAUGGCUUCAAGCAUCACUUCCAAGGUAUCGACACCUAUGAACUUGCUCUGGGUCACAACCUGUCGAGCUCCCUGAUGCCCCUGGUGGUGAGAGGAAAGAACGUUAGACGUGGAGUGAACAAGAGGGUGUCGUUCCUGGAGGAGAUGUACAUCGAUGUUUACGGUGUCAAUGUUAAAUUCCUGCAGAAGAAGACUGUCCUGGUCAACGGGGAGUAUGUAACACCUCCUCUCACACCAGUUGAUGGUUUGACCAUCACAAGGAACUCCAGGCAGAUCCAGCUCACCACUGACUUUGGACUCACCGUACGCUUUGAUGGCAGCAGUCGAGGAGAAAUCAUACUUCCUGGUACCUAUAAGAAUUCUGUUAGAGGACUGUGUGGGAACUAUGAUGGCAUCACCAGAAAUGAAUACAUGAAGCCAGAUGGGACAGUAGUCAGGGAUCUUAAUGAAUUUGGAGAUAGUUGGAAGGUCAAUGACCGACCAGCCAACAGACUUAGGAUCCUGGACCGUCCUAACAGUUUCUCUGUCUCCAGACAAGAAGCAGAGACUGAUCCAGACUCAGGGUUCGAGGUGCCAGACUGCUCUCAGUCACAGAUCAGCGACUACAACAGCUCGACGAAGUGUGGGGCGCUGUCUGAUUCCAGUGGGCCAUUUGCUGCCUGCCACGCCACCGUGUCACCCCAAAUCUACCAGGAAGACUGUCUGUUUGACCUGUGUGCUGAGGGAGGCAGUGACGCUAUGCGCUGUGCCAGUUAUGAAGCAUAUGCAGCAGCUUGUCAACUGGCUGGAGUUACAUUAGGAUUGUGGAGGCAGCAGCUGGACUGCGUCCUCUCUUGCCCCGCCAACAGCACUUACUCCCCCUGCAUGUCAUCUUGCCCCGCCUCCUGCGCCAACCUGGCAGCACCCUCGGAGUGUGAAGUCACUUCGUGUGUGGAAGGCUGCCAGUGUGCCGCCGGCUUUGUUAUGAGUGAGGGGACUUGUGUGCCAUAUGCACAGUGUGGCUGCACCUUCCUAAACAGAUACUACCCUCUCAAAGAGAAGUUUGUGACCGAGGACUGCUCUCGUUCUUGUGAGUGUAGCAGUACCGGUGCUGUGUGUGAGCCGAAGACCUGCCAGGACGGUUACGUGUGCACCAUCUACAACUUCAAACGUGACUGCUACAAAGCAAGUCCCUGCCUCAGUUACCCCUGUUUGAAUGAAGGUACAUGUCAGGACUCAGGCAACAACACGUACACCUGUCUGUGUGCAGAAGGCUUUGAAGGCACAAACUGUGAGAGGGAAGCGAUACCACCCACCGGUGGAGGACUUGAAACUAAGUGGAUUAUCCUGAUUGCGGUUCUGGUCCCAGUUGCUGUCAUUAUCAUCACCGUGACUACCGUUGUUCUUGUUUGCAAAAAGAAAACCAUGAAAAAGAAGAACAUUCAGACAAAUAUCAGCAUGGAAUCAACAAGUGUUCCAUAUACAAACAUUGAUAACCAGAAAAAGGUGAAAGUCACUGCUUUUUGA